CCACGAACAAAGCGCAACUCGUCUCGUUCAUUGAAGGGCAGGUGCAGCAUCGCAGGAUCAAACUUUGGAGCUAAAUCAAGGCAACGUGCAGGUCGACUUCAAAUGUUAUAAUGGCUAAGACGUGAUUCCUCGAUUACGCUACGCUGCAUGUUCAAGAGACAUGAUGUGAUGGCCCCAGCUCGAGAAAACUGCUUGCUGCGCUCUUGCCAUUGAGCCCGUGAGCUCCUUUUCCGCACACUAGGUCAUAAUCUAUUUGUCCAUCCUUGAGCUCGAGCUUAGGUUGUUCCAGACACAAGGCUGUGUCUGACGGACGUGCCAUUUGCUCUCUCAUCCAGAAUAAGGGGCCUCCAUCAUGGAUCGUCCGGAGCCAGGGCUGAUCAAAUGGUCGCCCAACGCCAAGUUCGACUCGUUCCUCCACAUCAACCUACAGCAUCGGGUCGUGCAGGUUUACGAGCCCGAAGGCCACGCCAAGAACGGCAGCUUUCAGUACAAGAAGCUAUCACAGCACGAUGACUUCCCGCCUCUUACCACCUACGACUGGUCGCCGUCGAUGCCCGGCCUCUUGGCCGUCGGCACGCAGGCUGGUAUCGUCAACCUGUUGCGCAUCGAUGACAACUCCAACGCCUAUCUGGAGCUCAACCUCAAGAUGGCCCGGACCUGCCAGGCCGUCGCCUUCAGCACCCAGGGUAUGCUCGCGGUUGGCCUUGAUAGAGUCAGGAGCGACCAGUGCCUCUAUGUCUGGGACGUGAACCGGCUCUCUGAGAUGAACUCGGACUCUGCGAGCAAGGGGUUCCCGUCGGGGAUCGACCCCUUUAUUGAGCCCGCCGUCCGUCGCGAGCCUAGUCUGUCCGUCUCGAGCGUCAAGUUCUUUGAGGACAACCCCAACACACUGGUUGUGGGUAUUAAAACAUCGGGAUUGCGCAUCCACGAUAUACGCGCUGGCCACAACCCCGUUUCGCGAUACGAGACGAAAUGCAACAAUAAUCUUGCUAUCGACUAUUCCGACCAGAACUAUUUUGCUUCCUCUGCCCUAGAUCAGCCAGGUAUCAUGAUAUGGGACCGUCGAGCCACUGACCUGUUCCAAGUAUCACCAUCGUACCUCAACGCCCAUCAGGAUGGACUCCCGUUUGGCGGCGCCCUGUGGCUCGAAAACGCUCUCGAGCUUGAGUCCAGCCAGUCCAUGAGUGACAGCAAAAACUCAUUCAUCAGGUCCCUGCGUUACUGCCGGGACCAUCGGGGGUUGCUAGCGGUCCUUUCGCGGACUGGCCAGCUCAAGGUGCUGACAACCACAGCAGAGCCGACCGAGGAGGUAGUCGAAGAAAGCCCAGAGCUGCUGCUUGUGAGGAGGUCUCAUGAGAUGGGCAACUACUAUUCCGACCCGGCGAAGAAAAAUGACCGGAUCGUUUCAUUCGAUUGGGUGACGAUGGGCAACCCUGUUCAGCGCCCGAGACUGCUCGUGCUUCGGGCCAACGGCGCCUUUGAGAUCUUGGAGGUGCCAUCUUUUGCAAGGACGUACCCAUACAAACUUUCCCCCUGGAAAGCACCUCAUAGAGGUCUCGAGUCCGGAGGAAACCACCACGACAUUAUCGGAUUUGAGCCGCAUCAGGCAACUCAAAUUCUCGCCCCAGCCAUCUCCGAGGAUGAGCUUGCCGACAUCCCGAUAUUUGGCGGAAAGAAGCCCGAUGUCCUAGGCAUCGUACAGGGCUCCCUCCAGACCCGUAUUCCAUCCACCGACCUGUUGCAAGAUCUGGCGGCCAAGGACUCCCCUCAGCUCCCGGAGUCGUUCAAGAACGCAGUAUCCGUGGCGGAAAAGAUGCGCAUUCUGAGGCAGUACGCUAAAGAGCACUUACGGGACGCCCCUCAAACGGCCUCUUCACGGACAGACAGUGCCACCCAGGCAAUGUCCUCGCUAGCUGUCUCACAAGGCCGACUGAUCACCAACCGUGAACGACACGAGGAACUACUCUCGCUCGCCAUGGGCACGAUGGGAUUCCCAAAGGAGGCACAGAUCUUCCUAAACCAUGUCCCGCUUCUAAGAGCGAAGGAAAUGUAUCUGUUCGACUACGAGAAAAAUAGGAGCAUUGUUGCAGACGACCCCUGGCUACGGGACGUGUGGAUUUGGAUCUUGGGCGCCGAGGAGGCGGUCGCUGACGGAGGAAUGAUCUCGCACCCCCUUGAUCUGAGUUACAUGGGAGUUGCCACAGUGUGGCUCAAUAAUUUGGGUAAAACCCCCUCGACCAGGCUGGCUGAUGGUAGCACAGUGACUCCCGAUACCUCGGCGUGGGAACGUUCUAUCAACGCCAUGUGUAGGAAGCGCGGAAUUUCGAGAUUCGAAGGAGUCGAGACAAAGUGGCCUCACCACCGAGAGCUGUGCUUAGACAUUUGUGGCUGGGGUCGGGCUGCGCCGAUGGAUCUGCUCGAAUUUGAGCAGACACCUUCAUUGGAGAAGACUUCGACGUGGCAUACCAUGAGCACUGCGCAUGCCCUCUUCUCGGGCGACACUAAGCGCGCAGUCGAGAUACUGCGGAAGGCAAGCUCGGAACACCCGGAGCUCCUGUUCGUGUCGCUUGCUCUCCAGCUUAUAGGGCGGGGAGACGCCACUCUGGCCAAGGAGCAGCUGGACUUUGACGAGAAGGUGGCCUCGCGGACGGACCCUUACCUCAGAGCCAUAUCGUCCCUCAUCGCGACUGGCGACUGGACCACCAUCACCAACCAGAGGUCGCUGCCCCUCAGAGAGAGGGCUUUUGUUGCGGUCCGGCAUCUGACGGACGACCAACUGACAGAGUGGCUCCGAAAGGAGGUUGCCAUUGCCAUAGAACACGGCGACAUCGAAGGUAUCGUGCUGACCGGGAUCACGGACAACAUGGUAGACAUAUUGGCGAAGUAUGUCGAACGGUUCCACGACUUGCAGGCGGCCACCCUCAUCAUGUCCAUCUGCGCCCCCCGGUACAUCGACGACUUCCGAUGCGCAGCGUGGCGCAAGUCAUACCGCGCCUACCUUCAGCGGCAUCGAGCGUUCCUCCAGCGGACCAAGUUCGAGGUGGAGAGCACCAAGAAGAGUAAGCGGGAUGGCCUCCCGACCAUCAAGCCGCCAUUCCGGCAGAUUGCGCUACGGUGCAUAUACUGCGACGCUGAGACCUCGCUGUCCAGGGGGCCCUCGGCGGGCGGUAUGCUGCACGGCCCUUCAGCCCUGUCGGCAUCGACCACCGUCGGAGGGGGCGGCAUCAUCAUGGGCCCUGCACCGCCGCCGCCACCACCGCCGCCCCCGUCGUCGUCUGGCGCGGGCGAGUCGAACCCGCUGAUGGCCAAGCUGGCGGACGCGGGCAUCAGCUGUCCGACGUGCAAGCGGCACCUGCCGCGAUGCGUGGUGUGUCUGGAGGUGGUGGGCAUGCCGCGCUCGGACCGGCCUGAGCUGGCGGCUGAUCCCCAAGUGCAGCUCGCGGCGCGAUUCCCGACCUUUUGCCUAAAGUGCGAGCACGUCCUGCAUCUGGACCACGCGAGACAGUGGUUCGCAAGACAUGCCGAGUGUCCCGUCCCAGAGUGUCGAUGCAGGUGUAAUUUUAGAGCCAACCCGGAGCUCAACUACAAGUGAAGAGGUCGGGGUCGGGGAUAGGUGGUAGAAAGCUAGAUGAUCCGACUGGGGAUUAUAAGGAUGCAAGAGGAGCGACCUGUUCAGUGUUUGUGUUAUAGCAGUGUCGGAUCACACCUUUGUCGGGCGUUGUUCUAUAUCAGGUACCUACAUACGUAGCUGCUAGGUGUCGAAAUCAUGAAUGAACUGUAGGUCGUACCCUUGGUUUAGCCUACCAGACGCCCAAAUAGAUACCGUCGUCGCCUUCACCAACCGACACCGCUGUCAAUUACACGUCCGGGUUAGGGUUAGAGGCUAGGCAACAUUCAGAGUGGGUCCUGUCAAUUAAAGUCGCGUCCCC